UCAUCGAGAUUCGAGACAGUGAUCAUUCCGUUUCGAUGGGUCUUUUGAGAAAUUGACUGUUAUUAUCUUCAACUAAAGAAUGGAAAAUGAUGAGACCACAUCAUGUCUGCUUUGUGGAGAGCCCUUUUCAUCCAGCAACGCUUUAUCCCAGCACUGGAAGGACUCAUCAUGUAAGAUGUCCUCCAUUCCUGCUCAUUCUACCCAGACAACAUCAGCUAUUGUAUCUACAACGGCUCAAAUGGCGACAGUCGUCAGGGUUCCAUCUGCAUCAGUCCAGACGCACCUAGAUGCUGCAUCGGAAUCACACAUCCCUGAAGACACUGGAUCUACUAACCUUGAGAGGAAAGGCAGAGGAGAUGAUGGAGAGGAGUCUGCAACUUCUGCAGAUGGACCUACGGAAGUUGUUGAAGCUGAACCAUUGAAAGACUCAUCAUCAGUAGCAGUGUCUUCAUCAGUCGUACCUGUAUCUAUUCUCCUUGCCCAUCAGGUUGGGGUGGUCACAGACUCUGCAAAAGACGACAACGAAGGAUCGCUGAGCGCUGGACAUUUUUCUCAUAUUCCAGAAGAGGAGGCACACAUUGAAGGUGUCAUUCAUCAAGAUUCUGAGCUCUCCCAGAUUCCUGAAACAGUUCACCUUCAGCCAGAUACACUCCUUGGACAAGUUGCAAUGGAGAUUCAUAUUCCCAUGCACACGCAGCUAAUUGUAAGUGACUACAUAGAGGAGAACGGCCAGACUGAGAGCAGUAGUGAAAUCUACUUCAUCGAAGGUAAAGUUGAAGGCCUUGAUACAGAAGAUAGACAAUCAGCAAUUGAACUUAAUGUUCCGAAAGAAGCCUGGGAAUUUGAAGAGAAGUGUGAGAAAGAUGAUCUCUCUGUGCAAACUGAGGUCAAACUCUGCAGAACUUCAAAAGUUCAGAAAUACUGUUGCGAGAAAUGUGGGAAGACAUAUUCCAAGUCUUCCAAUUUCUACCGUCACCAGAAUGUCCACUUUGGGAUCAAGUUCCCCUGUGAUUUAUGUGGUAAGGUGUACAGCUACAGGGAAACACUGAAAGCUCACAAAGAAUGUUGUCAUCGGGAACCUGUAUUCUGUGGCGUCCACAAGUGUAAGUACUGUCCCAGGCAGUAUUCAUCAGCUAUCCGUCUCGGUGUCCAUCUUAGGAGUCACACGUACGAUAAGCCAUUCCCUUGCAGUCAAUGUUCUAAAACAUUCUCCUCCAAUGUAGGCCUGAGAAGACAUCAGAUCGUCCACACAUCAGUCAAGGAUUUUCAAUGUAAGACCUGCAGUAAACGGUUCUUGCGGAAACGGGCCCUAGAAAAACACAAAAUUAUCCACUUAUCGGACAGGACUUACACAUGUUCUCUAUGCUCGAAGGUAUAUUCAGAUCAGUAUUCACGUUGGUCCCACAAAUGUAACCACUAUCCUGAUCGUCCAUAUGGCUGCCAGUUUUGCCUGAAGCGUUUCAAAUCACCGUCUGCCCUUCAGGUACACGAGCGGAUUCACACCAGAGCAAAGAUUCAUGCUUGUACAAAGUGUAGCUAUACAUGUGGAACAUCACUUGAGUUAAAGAUGCAUUUGAGAAGUCACUGGCAGGUCGAUGUCAAAGACACUCAAACCCUUGAAAGGAACCAAUGCAAGGAAUGUGGCGCAAAGUUCACACAAAGGUCGACCCUGCGUGCUCACGAGCGGACGCACUCCGGAGAGAUGCCAUUUGUCUGUCCAAGCUGCCAAAAGCCAUUCACCUACUACUCAAGUUGGAAGAGACAUCUGCAGAUACACAAAGGAGAAAAGGCCCACCGGUGUAAGAAAUGCGGGAAAGGGUUCACAAAGGGCCUGUAUCUUAAACGUCAUAGAAACGGUUGUUGCCAUGGACACAGUAUCUCUGGGAAAUCUGGGAAGGUGAGAAAGAAGAAGAGGACUUCCAAAGUUGUUGAAUCUAACCAGGUAAGAAAUGUUAGAUUGGAAAGCAGUAAUACACCGAUCCAGUCGAAACGGAGUGAAGCAGGUGAAAGUGAUACCAGUAAACAUGACAAGGAAAAUUUUGCUUUACAUAUAGGAGGAGAUCAAAAUGAACUUACGAUAGAUUCAAAUCCUCUUACUGUUGACUUGAAACCCUUCACGUGCGAGGUCUGCGGGAAAAUGUAUAAAUCAAAGUCGAAUCUUCAUCGCCACCUCAAGACCCACCAGGACAAGAAACCUUUCAGUUGUGACCACUGUGAGAAGUCCUACAGCCGAAGACCAAUCCUCAAGGAGCAUCUCCUGAUGGUGCAUGGUGAAGGACCAACCAAACCUCUGUUCCAGUGCACUGAUUGCGCACAGUCCUACCCAACCCUGAGGCGUCUGGAGAUCCAUCGGAGGAAGCACACCGGGGAACGUCCGUACAAGUGUAAGUACUGUGUGAAGAUGUUCAAGGAACCAAGCAGCAUGAAGCGCCACGAGAUCAUCCACCUCGGAUUGAAACCAUACAAGUGUAUCAUCUGUCAGCGCGGCUUCAGCGACAAGGGAAACCUCCAGAAGCACGAGCUCACGCAUGGGAUUAAAGGAGAGGAAAGCAGGAGGAAUGUGGAAACUUGGAAGCCUUUCUCCUGCGAGGUUUGUGGGAAGAGCUUUAAACAGCUGGGGUACCUGCGCUACCAUAUGAAGAUGCAUGAAUCAAAACUAUCCUUCUCUUGUGAGUUAUGUGAUCGUAAGUUCAGCGGAGCAGCCAAUCUGAAAGCACACUUAAAAACCCACAGCAAGAAACCCCAUGGAUGUGACAAGUGCCGUAUGUCGUUUAGAAAAGAAUCCAAACUGCUAGGACACCAGGACAAGUAUCACAAUGUCAAAAAGUGUUUUGUGUGCAGCAAGUGUGGUAAGGUGCUCUCCACCAAGGCCAGUCUUCAACGACAUGAAAACAACCACCUGGGACUGAAGCCGUUCAAGUGCCCUUCAUGUCCAAGUACUUUCAGUGAGAAGAUUAUCUUAAAGAGGCACCUAAAGACGCACAAAGAUGAUGGAAGUGUCCUGUUUUGCAAAGAAUGUGAUGCUAUUUUUACCUCGAAAGAUUCUCUCGAUGAGCAUGUCGAUAGCAAGUCCUGUUUGAAGACUCAAAAAUGUGAGAAAUGCGAGAAAAUGUUUACGUCACUGAUGGGUUUAUCUCAACAUCAGAGAUCUCAUAACUCAGUCAAUAGGAAUAGCAGUUCAGGUGCUUCUCUCAAGUCAAAGGUUUAUGUAUGUGAUAUAUGUGGCAACCAUUUCCCAAAGAAGAAAAUGUUAUCAGCCCAUAAAAAAGCACACAAACGUAAUAAGAAAGGAGAUGAGAAAAUAAGCAAGGAUGCAACAAGGUAAAUCAUACAUAUCUUCAAUGUUUUGGACAUGAAAUAAACUUCUGAACAAAUUGCUAUAAAAA